UCUGCCCCACUGGCUGCUCUGAAAAGCCAUCUUUGCAUUGUUCGCGUGUCCGCCACCCGGUUCGCGGCAACCACAUCCGCCGCGCGCCUCCUCCGCCACCGCGGACUCCAGCAGCUUUCUCACCAGAGUCCUCGAACUCUUGCUUUCUUUUUAAUCCGUGGCAUCGGAUCACCGGCGUGCCCCAUCACGUCAGACGCGGCCGUGGACACCAGCUCCGAGGUCACCACCAAGGGCUUAAAGAAGAAGGAAGUUGUGGAGGAGGCAAAGAAUGGAAGAGACGCGCCUGCUGAUGGGAACGCUAAUGAGGAAAAUGGAGAGCAGGAGGCCGACAAUGAGGUAGAUGAAGAAGAGGAAGAAGAGGGGGAUGAAGAGGAGGAGGAAGGCGAUGGUGAGGAAGAGGCUGGAGACGAAGACGAGGGGGCCGAGGCAGCUACGGGCAAACGGGCAGCUGAAGACGAUGAGGAUGACGAUGUCGACACCAAGAAGCAGAAGACUGAUGAGGAUGACUAGACAGCAAAAAAGGAAAAGUUAAACUUAACAA